AUGAGUAAAAAAUAUGAAAUGCCCAUGAGUAAUAUGUUAGUAGCCGAAAUUUUUGAUGCAUGGGGAAUAGAUUUCAUGGGUCCCUUCCCAUCAGCUGAAAAAUAUGAAUAUAUUUUACUUGCUGUUGAUUAUGUGUCGAAGUGGGUGGAAGCUAUUCCUACUAGAACUAAUGAUCAUAAAAUCGUGAUGAAAUUUGUGCAAUAAAAUAUUUUUUCGAGAUUUAGAUGUCUUAGAGUGAUUAUUAGUGAUGGAGGAACACAUUUUACAAAUAAACAUUUUAGAGAACUAUUGAAAAAGAAUGGAGUACACCAUAGAGUAGCCACUCCAUAUCAUCCCCAAACAAAUGGGCAAGCUGAAGUAGCAAAUAGGGAAAUUCAGAGAAUUUUGAGAAAAAUAGUUAGACCAGAUAGGAAAGAUUAGCCCAUGAAAUUACAAGAUGCAUUAUGGGCUUAUAGAAUAGCUUAUAAAAAUCUCAUAGGUAUAUCCCCAUUUCGUCUCAUUUUUGGAAAGCCAUGUCAUCUUUCUGUGGAAAUAGAGCAUAAAGUAUUAUGGGCUAUAAAAAAUUUAUGUAGGGAUGAAAAAUCAGCUGGUGGGCAUAGAAUUUUUCAGCUACAUGAACUAGAGGAGUUGAGGAAUGAAGCUUAUGAAAAUCAUAGAAUAUAUAAAGAAAAAACUAAAACUUUUCAUGAUAAAUAUAUUAGUAGAAAAAAUUUGAUGUUGGAGAAAAAGUGUGGUUAUAUGAUUCUAGGCUGAAAUUAUUCCCAGGAAAAUUAAAAUCAAAAUGGAAAGGGCCUUAUGUGGUGGAAGAGACAUAUGAUCAUGGGGCUGUAAUGAUUAAAGAUCUUAAAAGUGAUCAUAACUUUAAGGUAAAUGGACAGCGGCUUAAACAUUACAUAGAACAUGAAUGCCUUGUAGAAAUAGAAAUUUUAUUAUUAAAAGAAAUUCAAGAGAAAGAUCAAAGAGUCUAGCUAGAGACAUUAAAUUCAGCGCUGCAUGAGAGACAACCUAUGGUUUUUAUUUCAUUUUGUUUGAUUUUUUUAAAUUAUGUUUUCCUUAGAAUUUCGUAGUACUUGUUUCUAUAUUUGUUUUUUUUUGAAAAAGUGUAGGAGGAGGAGUUUAAGAUGAAGUGAAAAAUUAAAAACGAGGUUGAGGUGAUGUCUUUCUGAGCUUCAUCAUUUAUGAAAAUAUUUUUAAUGCUUAACUUUGUAGAUAUGCAUGCUUCACUUGAAAAUUAUAUUUUCUACAUAUUCUGUUUCGAUUUUUCUGUGUCAUUGAGGACAAUGUCAUUUUUAAGUUGGAGGGUGAAGUAUUCAUUAUUAAUUUAUGCUGUAAGAUGAUUAAGAACAUGUGUUUACAUUUUAUUCAACUUAGAACAGCAACUAAAAAAAUAAAAAUAAAAUAAAAUUCAGAAAAACUACAACAUCUAUUUUCUGGUUUUUUGUCAGAGACAACAGACUGUCAAAAAUAGCAGACAAAAGCAGCCUGAAAUUAGAAAUUCUAGAAGACCUUUUCUCACAUUUCAAUCCCCUAGAUAUAUAUUACUAAAAUUCGAAAUUACAGCUAUAAAGAAGAUAGUUUUGAUUUAUUUUUGACAAAUUUAUUACUGCUAAAAAUAGAAUUGAAAAUAGAAAAUAGAAUUGUCAGAACUAUCUAAUUUACAAAUUCCUUACAUUAUAUUGCAUGCAUGAAGAAUUAAAUCAAUUAGAUUGAUUGAUACCAAAAGAUACUAGGAAGAUUAUUAUUUAGUCAAAAGAAUGAUCUAGUAGCAUGAAAUGUUGAAAUACUCCUUGGAUACAUGAUAGAUAAUAUAGAUUUGAUUUUAUAUAUUUUCACUUCAUGAUCUUGAUGGAUAGUAUUUACUUGAUGUGAAAAUUUGAUUGAUCAUUUGAGUUUAAUGGAGAUUUUUGCACCUUGAUCUAUAAGACUAGUGAGGAGAAAUCACUUAUUUUGAAAAGAAAAGAGAGAGAAAUGUAAAAAAUCUAGAAAUGAAGAGUACACAUAGAGGGUGUGAGACAUAAUUCUCAUUGUCGAAAAUCGUGCAUAGAAAAACACUUGUUGAAAAGUAAGUGGAUAAAGUGAAAGCCCUGAAAAUGAAGAGUACACACGGAGAGUGUGAGACAUCAUUCUUAUUGUUGAAAUUUAUCUACAGAAAAAGCUACUUAUCCACUAUAUAUAUAUAAAAAAAAAAAGAAGGAAGAAAUAUAGUGCAAACUUCAAAAAUUAAGUCAUAGAAAAAGGGAAAUGUAAGAUCAAUAUUAUUCUUGGAUGAGUAUUGAUAAUUGGAACAUCUUGUAAAUACAUCUAUAGUGAAGAAGUGAUAAAGAUGUGAAUAGAAGAAGUGAAGUCUAGAUUGUUAUUCCAAGGAGUGUUUAAACAUUUAAGUGCUUGGCAUCAUUCUUAAAUACUUGAUAUAAGAAUCCAAAGUAUUUAAAGGUGCAUCAUUUCUAAUUGUAUUUUUUUUUUUGUAUUGAAAUAUGAUGUUUGAGAUUUGUAUAUUUUUUUUUUCGUAAUUCCAUUGCUAAGGGACUAUCAAUGAUUUAAGUUGGGGGGUGUGAUAAGUUUUCAUUAUCAUGAGUUAAUAAUUAGUAAAUAAUAUAGUUUUAACCUUAACUCAUGAUAAAUAGACUUAUAUUUGUGUUAAAGUAUGAUUUGUGGUGUUCAAUUGAUUAACGUGAAUUUUUGGAUAAUUAUGUGAUUUUGUAUGAUUUUUAUAGUCUUACUUUUGAGAUAAAUGAAGAAUAAGAAAUAAAAAUAUUGCAAAAUAAGGGGACCUACUAGCCAGCCGGGCCCGCAAGUGGGUCGAAAGCAGGUCAGAAGCACAGUCGGGAGGUAGCCGCGAGUAGGGGCUCGAGCGGCUUGGCUUGGACCAAUAGGGGUGCCCCUACUAGCUUAGCUCGAGGGGCUUGGCUUGGACCGAUAGGAGCACAUGUGUGCCACUCCCCUUCCACAUCACCAGUGACCAGUCGGCUGUGGGGCAAGAAGUGGUCGUACAUGCAAGAGUAGUGACUUUGCUUAUAAAGCUAACAUUACUAUAUAUUCGCUCAAAAAAUCGACGCACAACCAAUGUGGGACUAAACCCGCGUCAAACCUUCCUCAGAAGCGGGCGACCAGUGAGGGUUCAAAUCCUCCUAGAGUCAAAAUUCAUAUAUUUUUAUCUUAUUAUCACGACUUUCUUGUAGAUCACUGGUGA